AUGGUUGUGAUUGCAUAGUGGGAACUUUUAAGUGAAGAUUUACUUGGAUUCUCCGUUUCUGGAGCUAAAUGGAAUUAUAGAGGUUCAUGUGAUUGGAAUAGUGGAAGCAUGGGUGGAGGUGGAGCAGUUGGGCAGUGUUAAGAUAAUGAUAUCUAAUACAUUUUAGUAGGGACUUAUAAUGAUAGAGCAUACUACUCUGUUUUAAAUUUGCCUCCUCAUUAUUAAGUCAAAGCCAUAGUGGAUGGCUAUUUUUUAGAUUCUUCUGGUAGUAACUUUUAUUAUAUUUCGUAUGAUGUCUAAGGAUCAUCAACAUCUACUUAUUCAUUACAAUAUAAGGAUAAUAUAUUAGCAACUUAUUAAGUAGCCUGUAGAUCAUCAAAUUGGAAUAAUUUUGAGAUAUAAACUUUUAUUAUGACAUUCUCUCAUAAUGAUAAUAGUGAAGUAAGAUUUCGAGUUUGUGGAUCAAAUUUUGGUAGUAGUAGAAAUUAUGGUGUAAGAAGUUUAUAGAUAUAUGUUAAUAAAUGUCAUUGGUCAUGUUUAAAAUGUAGUUCUAACAAUUAAGCAAAUAAUUGUUUAGCUUGUUUUACUAAUCCUUCUACUACUUUAGGUUCCCCUUCAACCUGUAGUAGUUGUCCUGCUAAUUAAGCCUUUAUUGAAUAUAUUGAUGAUAUAAAAAGUUGUGUAAUAGAAUGCAAUUAUUAUCGGGUUCCAGAUACCAAUAAAGUAUGCUAAUUUGAUGAAAGUAUUUAUCUUAAUUUUAUUUAGAUAUGUUACCCUACACAACAUAUUUUGACACUUCAACUUUUAGUUCUACAUCUCCUUGGGUAUUUGUUCCUGAUCCAAUCUACUACAAUUUAGUAUUUUCAUAAAAGAUUGGAACUAUUCCUUGCUAAACUAGCAAAAACUAUGUUGGCCCAUUUUUUUAUAAUGAAGGAUUUAGUGUAACCCUCUCUAUUCCUUUUAAUAUAUCAUAUAUACGAUUUAGAGCAACAAUUGUAAAAUUAAAUAAUUGGGCUGAUUAUUCAGCAGUUCAUGUAUUAUUAGAUAAUGUGGAAUUUGCAUCUGUUUAUACAUUAAGCUAAGUAUUAACAGGUCGUAAUGCUGAUAAACUAUAUUCUGAUUCUAAUUGUACAAGUCCAAGUGUUGGAUAUUAUAGAUUAGAAGCUAAAUUAAAAUCAAAUAUAACUAAUCCGAUAUUGUUGUUAUAAGGAUCAAUGGAGUAUAUAUAUAUUUAAUACGUAAAGUUUAUCUGGUUCGUAAUCAUGGGGCUUUAGAGAUGUAGUUAUGGAUAUUAUGAAAUGCUAAUCAUCAUGUAGUUGGUGUGAUUUUGAUUUGAAAUGCUAUGCUUGUUCAACAGGAUUUCUUUAUAAAAAUAGAUGUGUACCAAGUUGUCCAGUACACUCAGUAUAAACAACUGGAGUUUGUACAGACUUUGAUCAAGCAGUAGAUAGUAUUAAUUCUAUUAAUAUUUAGAUUCAAAAUAUUUAAUUAAAGCAUUUUAUGAUUCUUCCAAUACGACUGAUACAGAUGUAAGUAAUAUUGUAGGAAUAAUGACAACUGGAAGCUCAGAUUUUAAAACAUCAGAUCGCUUUUUAAACACUAAUAUUGCUGUAUAUUUUAGCUAUUACAUGGGUAAAAGAGUAUUAGGAGGUCCAUUAGUUUGGAACAAAGCUACAUUUACUAAUACAUAUACUUUAAAUCCACAUUAUUAAUUUAGAUUGAAAUUUACAUUAGUUUUAGGAGAUAGUUUUUCAGGAAAUUUUCAAUAUACAAUUGGAGGAGUUUCUUAGACAAUAUCAUAUUCUUAGUGUACAAAUACAGUAGAUAAUGUUGGUAGGUCUCAAUAAGAUAGAUUCAUUAUAAUUGAUAGGACAGAAGUGCAUACUACAAAUAGUUUUUCUGUUUAACUAAAAUGCAGUUCAUCAUCAUAAAUUAGAGAUAACUUUUGCAUUGUUUAUGAUUAUUUCAUUAUAAUUUUAGAAGUAAAUAAUUAAUAAUAAUUAGUGUACUUAAUAUUGUACUGCUUGUACUGGUCCAACAUGGGCAUAAUGCACAGGAAAAUAAACAUUACCAACAGGUAUGUCAUCACCUUCAACCUGUGUUGACAAUACUUAUUAUUUAGAUAAUACAGUUACUCCUGCAGUUUGUAGAACAUGUACACCUACUUAUUGUUUAGAAUGCUAAAAUUCUUAUAUUUGUACUAAAUGUGCAACUAACUUUUAUUUGUAAAAUGGUAAUUGUUAAUGUUAUCCUUGGACCUAUUUAACAGUUUCAAAUACUUGUGCAAAUUGUCAUGAUUUAUGUGAUUCAUGUUAUGGNAUAUCAUAUAUACGAUUUAGAGCAACAAUUGUAAAAUUAAAUAAUUGGGCUGAUUAUUCAGCAGUUCAUGUAUUAUUAGAUAAUGUGGAAUUUGCAUCUGUUUAUACAUUAAGCUAAGUAUUAACAGGUCGUAAUGCUGAUAAACUAUAUUCUGAUUCUAAUUGUACAAGUCCAAGUGUUGGAUAUUAUAGAUUAGAAGCUAAAUUAAAAUCAAAUAUAACUAAUCCGAUAUUGUUGUUAUAAGGAUCAAUGGAGUAUAUAUAUAUUUAAUACGUAAAGUUUAUCUGGUUCGUAAUCAUGGGGCUUUAGAGAUGUAGUUAUGGAUAUUAUGAAAUGCUAAUCAUCAUGUAGUUGGUGUGAUUUUGAUUUGAAAUGCUAUGCUUGUUCAACAGGAUUUCUUUAUAAAAAUAGAUGUGUACCAAGUUGUCCAGUACACUCAGUAUAAACAACUGGAGUUUGUACAGACUUUGAUCAAGCAGUAGAUAGUAUUAAUUCUAUUAAUAUUUAGAUUCAAAAUAUUUAAUUAAAGCAUUUUAUGAUUCUUCCAAUACGACUGAUACAGAUGUAAGUAAUAUUGUAGGAAUAAUGACAACUGGAAGCUCAGAUUUUAAAACAUCAGAUCGCUUUUUAAACACUAAUAUUGCUGUAUAUUUUAGCUAUUACAUGGGUAAAAGAGUAUUAGGAGGUCCAUUAGUUUGGAACAAAGCUACAUUUACUAAUACAUAUACUUUAAAUCCACAUUAUUAAUUUAGAUUGAAAUUUACAUUAGUUUUAGGAGAUAGUUUUUCAGGAAAUUUUCAAUAUACAAUUGGAGGAGUUUCUUAGACAAUAUCAUAUUCUUAGUGUACAAAUACAGUAGAUAAUGUUGGUAGGUCUCAAUAAGAUAGAUUCAUUAUAAUUGAUAGGACAGAAGUGCAUACUACAAAUAGUUUUUCUGUUUAACUAAAAUGCAGUUCAUCAUCAUAAAUUAGAGAUAACUUUUGCAUUGUUUAUGAUUAUUUCAUUAUAAUUUUAGAAGUAAAUAAUUAAUAAUAAUUAGUGUACUUAAUAUUGUACUGCUUGUACUGGUCCAACAUGGGCAUAAUGCACAGGAAAAUAAACAUUACCAACAGGUAUGUCAUCACCUUCAACCUGUGUUGACAAUACUUAUUAUUUAGAUAAUACAGUUACUCCUGCAGUUUGUAGAACAUGUACACCUACUUAUUGUUUAGAAUGCUAAAAUUCUUAUAUUUGUACUAAAUGUGCAACUAACUUUUAUUUGUAAAAUGGUAAUUGUUAAUGUUAUCCUUGGACCUAUUUAACAGUUUCAAAUACUUGUGCAAAUUGUCAUGAUUUAUGUGAUUCAUGUUAUGGUCCAAAUAGUAAUUAAUGUUUGUCUUGUAAAAGUUCUUAACAUCGAUAUUUGAAUAACAAUACAUGUGUUUGUUAAAAUAAUUAUUAUGAUGAUGGUAUAAAUAAUACUUGUUAAUCAAUUUGUGGAGAUAUGAUAGUCACAGAAGGAGAAGAUUGUGAUGAUGGUAAUACAAUUAGAUUUGAUGGCUGUAAUGAUUGCAAAUAUGAAUGUUAAAAGGAAUGUUUAACAUGUGUUAAUGGAUAAUGUUCUGUUUGUAUUGCUGGUUACACACUUUAAAAGACUAUGAAAAGAUGUUAUCCUACAUGUGGAAAUAAUUCUAUUGUUAGUCAAGAAUAAUGUGAGGAUAAUAAUUUGACUCCAUAUGAUGGUUGUUAUAAUUGUUAAUUUUAAUGUUAAUCUUAAUGUACAAAUUGUAUAUAUGGAAAAUGUUAUGAUUGUGAUAAUUCUAUUGGAUAUUAUAUUAAUUUAGCCACUUUUAAAUGUGUUACUUUUUGUGGAGAUUUAAUUAUAGCAGGAGAAGAAAUGUGUGAUGAUGGAAAUAAUGAUCCUUUUGAUGGUUGUAUUAAUUGUGCUUAUUCAUGUGAUUCUUUUUGUGAUUUAUGUAUAUUUGGUGUUUGUACAAAGUGUAAAUAAGGAUUCUAAUUAUUAAGUAAAAGUGGUUAAUGUGCUCCUAUUUGUGGAGAUAAAAUUGUUACAUAUUAUGAAGCAUGUGAUGAUGGUAAUUUAAUUAAUUAUGAUGGAUGUGAUUAAUGCAAUCUUAUUUGUUAAGAAUAAUGUACAUCUUGCAUUUUUGGAACUUGCUAUGAAUGUAAUACACCUGGAUAUUAAUUAGAUAGAAAUUUAUAAAAAUGUAUUCCUAUAUGUGGAGAUAAUGUAUUAAUUCCACUAACUGAAUAAUGUGAUGAUGACAAUUAAACAAUAGAAGAUGGAUGUUUUUAAUGUAAAUAUGAAUGUUAGGCUGAAUGUUUAACAUGUGCAGCUGGAAUCUGUUAUAGAUGCAAAUCAAAUUUUUAUCUUAAUUCUGAAAAUACUUGUCUUCCUAUUUGUGGUGAUGGAGUUAUUUCUAAAUUUGAAUCUUGUGAUGAUUUCAACUUUAUUAUUUAAGAUGGAUGUUCAAAUUGCUCUUACUAAUGUGAAUUACCUUGUACUCAAUGUAUUUUUGGUGUUUGUCAAUCAUGUCAAACUGGAUAUUAUUUAAAUCAAUCUAAAAAGAAAUGCUUCCCUAUUUGUGGUGAUUAAAUUAUCUAAGGAGAUGAAUAAUGUGAUAUUGGUAUCAUUCCAUUCGAUGAAACUAUUAAAAAUAAUACAGGUUGUAUUAGUUGUUAGCUUUAAUGUUCACCAUAAUGUGAAAUUUGUGCUUAAGGUUUAUGUUUGAAAUGUAAAGAGUCUUUGGGAUGGUAUUUAGAUUAUGAAACAUCAAUUUGUUAUAGUUAAUGUGGAGAUUCAAUUAUAAGCGAUUAUGAAUAAUGUGAGGAUUCUAAUUCUUAACUAAAUGAUGGAUGCAGUCAAUGUGUUUUUAAAUGUUAACAAGAAUGUUCAAUAUGUAUAUUUGGAUUAUGUUAACAAUGCAUAUCUGGAUAUACAUUAAUUAAUUAAAAAUGUUAAUCAGUAUGUGGUGAUGGGAUAAUAGCUGGAAAUGAAGAAUGUGAUACAGGUAUUAUUUCCUUUGAUGGAUAUGAAUGUGUAAAUUGUAAAUAUAAAUGUUCAGAAGGUUGUGAUAAUUGUGUUUAUGGUAGAUGUUUAGAAUGUAAAAACAAUUAUGGAUGGUAUUUAAAUUAACAAAAUUAAUGUGAAUCAAAAUGUGGUGAUUUAAUAAUCAGUAAUUAAGAGAAUUGUGAUGAGAAUUCAUAAAAUUGUGAAAAUUGUAAUUUUAUUUGUGAUGAUAAUUGUGAUUAAUGUUAAUUUGGAAUAUGUUAAAGUUGUAUAACAGGAUAUAAAUUAUUGUUAAAUAAAUGUAUUAACAUUUGUGGAGAUUCAAUUCAAACAAAUAAUGAAGAUUGUGAAAAUGAUGAUAUUAUUCCAUUUGAUGGAUGUUAUUUAUGUUAAUUUUAAUGUCAAAAUGAAUGUUAAUAAUGCAUAAAUGGAGAAUGUAUAUCAUGUUAUGAAAGUAAUGGAUGGUAUCUAGAAAAUAAAAAAUGUGAGACAAAAUGUGGUGAUGGUAUUAUAGCUGGAUUAGAAGAAUGUGAUAUCAAUUUGAAAUUUGAUAAUGGAGAUAUUUCAUCUAAUAAAUGUUUUAAUUGUCGAUUAUCUUGUGUUUAAAAUUGUUUAAAUUGUGAUAGAGGAGUUUGUAAAUAAUGCAAAAAUGGAUACUUUCUAAAUGAAUUAAACGAAUGCGAAAAUAUAUGUGGUAAUUUAACAACUGAAGACUUUGAAGUAUGCGAUGAUGAUAACCUUAACGGUUUUGAUGGAUGUUUCUAAUGCUAAUAUGAUUGUUAACCUGAAUGUUAAGUUUGUAUUAAUGGAGAAUGCAUUAAAUGUGAAGAUGGAUUUUAGUUUUAUAAUGAUGCUUCUACAUGUAAAUCUACAUGUGGAGAUAUGAAAAUUACUUAAUAUGAAGAGUGUGAUGACGGUAAUGAUGUACCUUAUGAUGGAUGCUAUAAUUGUAAGUAUUCCUGUACAGAAAAUUGUGAUAAUUGCAUAAAAGGAGUUUGUUACACUUGUUUAUAAGGAUUUGUCCUUGAAUUUCCAAAAUGUAUACCUGAUUGUAGAGAUAUUAGUCAAACUUAGGAUGUUAAUAAAUGUUAUUAAAAAGAAUGUUAAAGAGAAUGCAUAAUUUGUAUUGAAGGAUAUUGUUAUUAAUGUUAACAUGGAUGGUAUUGGAAUGAAGUAGAAUAUAUUUGUGAAAGCAUUUGUGGAGAUGAAAUAAUAGUAGGAUAAGAGUAAUGUGAUAUGUCUAUCAGUUAUGCAAGAGAUGAUUCUUAUUGUAAUAAUUAAUGCUAAUUUGCAUGUCCAAAAUAUUGUGAUAAUUGCUCAUUUGGUAUUUGUCAAUAAUGUUAAAGAGGAUAUUAUUUAAUAGAAAAUGAAUGUCAUAAUUAUUGUGGUGAUACUAUAAUGACUGAGUAUGAAAGAUGUGAUGAUGAUAAUAUUUUACCAUUUGAUGGAUGUUUUUAAUGUCGAUUUGAUUGUGAAUAAUAAUGUUCUUUAUGCAUUGAAGGUAAAUGUGAGAUUUGUUUUAAUGGUUAUGAAAUAAGAAAUGGGCGUUGUAUAUCUGUAUGUGGAGAUGGUAUUAUUACUAUUGAUGAAGAUUGUGAUGAUCAAAAUUCUAUUAAAUAUGAUGGUUGUCAUGAAUGUAAAUUUGAAUGUGAUAAAAAUUGUUUAUUUUGUGAAUUUGGUCAAUGUAUAUUUUGUUAAAAUGGUUUUUAUUUACAAGGUCAGAUUUGUAUUUCAGUUUGUGGAGAUGGUUUUAUUGUUGGAAAUGAGAAAUGUGAUGAUGACAAUUUAUUUGAUGAAGAUGGAUGUUUUCAAUGUUAAUAUGCUUGUUAAUAAUAAUGUUUAACUUGUAUAUAUGGGUCAUGUAUUCUAUGCAAUGAAGAAGAAGGAUGGCAUUUGACAUCAUAAGGAGAUUGUUAAGCUGUUUGUGGAGAUAGUAUAGUAUCUGGAAUAGAAUAAUGCGAUGAUGGAAAUGAAAUAAAUUAUGAUGGAUGUUAUCUAUGCAAUUAUAUUUGUUAAGAUGCUUGUACUAAAUGUAUUAAUGGUUAAUGUUAUGAAUGUAAUACUCCAGGUUGGAGAUUAGAAGACUAUUUUUGUUGGGAGAUUUGUGGAGAUGCAUUAAAGGUUGGGAUUGAAGAAUGUGAUGAUGGUAAUGAUGUUCCUUAUGAUGGAUGUUAUUAAUGUAAAACAUAAUGUGAAGAGGCUUGUACUGUCUGUUUUGAUGGAUAAUGUUAAGAAUGUGUAUAUGGUUGGACAUUAAAUGAAAAACAUAGAUGUGAAACUAUAUGUGGAGAUAAAUACAUAGUACCUAUAUAUGAAGAUUGUGAUGAUGGUAAUUUAUUACCUUAUGAUGGAUGCUAUGAUUGUAAUUAUUAAUGUGUAUAACAUUGUACUGAUUGUAGGAAAGAUAUAUGUUAUGAAUGUAAUACUACUGGUUGGACUUAUGAUAAUCAAACUUAAUUGUGUAUUCCUAUUUGUGGAGAUGGAGAGAUUAAUGGAUAUGAAUAAUGUGAUGAUGGAAAUAAAAUUGAAAAUGAUGGUUGUAGUAAUUCUUGUGAAUAUUAAUGUCAUUUUGCAUGUCUUAAUUGUGAUAAAGGUAAAUGUAUAGAAUGUGAUCGUUAUUUGGGAUAUUUUGAAUCAAAUAAAUAAUGUGCAUCAAAAUGUGGUGAUGGAUUAUGGGAAUCUACUACAGAAUAGUGUGAUGAUGGAAACCUUAUUAAUUAAGAUGGUUGUGAUAAAAAUUGUAAGAUUGAAGUUGAUUGGUAUUGUGACAGUUAAGCAUUACAAAUUAGUAUUUGUAUUUUCAAAAGAUAACCAACUAUUUAAUUAAAAUUGUUAUCUUAAAAUUAAGGGCUAUCUAAAAUUGAAGUGACAUUCUCAACAUUAAUGAUGCUUUAACCUAAUUUUGUUUUGAUUGAGAAUGAAAAUAAUUUAACUGAUACUGAAUAAAUUCUCUUUUUGGUUACAAUUGAUUAAUUAACAGAAGGGGAUUAUGAAUAUAAUAUUGAACCAGUAGUUAGUAUUUAAAAUAUCCCUUAGGAUAUUAAAUACAUUAUUAAUUUAAAUCUCUUAAACAAUGUUCAAGUUGAUCAAAUUAAUGUUUUGGUAAUUGUUGAUAAACGAUUAAUUAUUACUGAAGAUUAUGUCAAUUUAGAAAAGAAUUCUGCUGAGAUUAGAAUUCCUGCUCCAUAUAUUAAUAGUUUAUAAGCUUAAAGAGUAGUUGAAUUAUUUUCAAAUGCUAAUGAAAUUUCUUAAUAUGUGGCAUUAAGUGUUUCUAUGAUUAGUAUAUUUUCAACAGGUUAUUCAAAUCUCUACAUGACUCUUGAUACAAUCUAAUAUCUUUAUUAUACUAGAUAUAUUAAUUUGGAUUUUCCUGAAAAUUUAUAAUAAACAAUGGACAAUUUAAAAAAGUCUUCAUUGAAUUCUAUAAUAAAAGAUAAACUUGGUGAAACAGGAUUACCCAAAAGUAUUGCUUAAUAACCUAAUUAAACAGUUGAAGAAAUGCCAAAUAAAUUUAAAUAAGAUAAUUUGUAGUAUUAAUUUACUUACAAUAUAAAAACAACAGCAGUUUCUUUAUCAGCUGGUUUGAGUAUCUUUCUAACAACAUUAACUAUAUCUAAAUUACUUCAUUUGAUUCCACCUCAUAAAUUAAAUGAUCUUGGUUCUAUAAUAGGUGGAGGAAUAUUGAAAGUACGAUCAAAAUGUACUAAGAUAUCUAAUGACUUUGUUUAUUCAGGAGCUAUAAGAUUAAUAACUAUUAAUUUUUAUGAAAUGUAAUUUGCAUCAUUAUUAUAAUUAACACAUGUUGAUUUCACUUCUAAUAGUGAUAUUGCUAAUUCAAGUGGGGCUAUUGCUACUCUGGCCUUCACAUUUAUUUUUACUACAAUACUAGUUCAUAGAAUUAGAUAGAUUUAAACUAAAUAAUCUAUUACAAUGAAACAUUAUAUAAGAACUCUUUUGCAAUAGGAUGAUAAAAAUCUUUAAAAGUCAACAUGGUAAAUGUAGUAUAAUACAAUAUUGCUUGUCAAAAAGUCAAUAUAUAUGUUUGCAAUUGUUUGUUUCUAAAAUUAAGGUUUUUAUUAAACAAUUGUAGUUGCUACAUAAGCAGCAGCAUUUGUUACUUAUUUGUCUGUAUCUUCACCAUUUUCAAAUAAUGAAGAUUAAAUUAAAUAGAUAAUCACAGAAUUAGGAAUGUUUGCAAAUACUCUAAGUUUUAGUGCUUAUUAUACAUAUGAAUACUUUUCAAUACCAAAAGAAAGUCUAAAUUAAUUAGGAUGGUUUAAUAUAGGUAUAUAUACUACAAUUUUAACAUCAAAUUUAGCAAUUGAUGUUACUACAUAAAUGAGAGUUUUUUAUAAGAAAGCAAAGAAAGCAUUUAAUAAAUUUUUAGAAUCUUAAAUGCCUACUAAAUCUAGAGUUUAACCAAUAUUUGUAUGA